AUGGCAACUGCAUCUAACUACUCUGAAGCACUUUGUGCCUCAGAAAUAGACUAUGACAUAGAUCUUCAUUCUAUUGACAUCGUGGACCUAGAGUUUAAAGAUGGUACCCUUUAUUUAAUAGCUGAAGAGAAAGCUAAACAGGAAUUCAGCAAGCUUAAUGAACCCAGAUGUACCAUCUUACGGAAUAAGAAGAACAAAGUUCUCAUAUUAGUAAAAGGAGAGAAAAAGGCUGCAUUUGAGGAGAUGUCUAAAGAUGAAAUUCAAAAAAAUGCACCUCGGACUCAAUUCAUAAUACAAUGUUAUAAAGAAACUAUACCUACAGGGUUAGUUGUAGCCAUCUCUGUGAAGACGGAGAAAAAGAUUUACACGAUGUCCUGCAAGGACAAAAAGCUACACUUUAAGGAAGGUGAGCCCCCCCAGAAAAUCCAAGACAAAGAAAAGGAUGUCCUGUUCUAUGAAGAGGGUGUUAAAGGCCAAGAUAGAAGGCGAUUUAGAUCUGUAUUGUACCCAGAAUUCUACCUGGCGAGUAAGGAAGAAAAGAAAAAUUUUAAACUGAUUUUAAAGAAAGGGUGCCAAGAUAAAGAAGGGUCUGCAGACUUCAUUGUACAACCCUGUCAAAAAAAGGAGUAA